AUGGCGGCGCUACCCCUCACCACCGAACGUCUCUCCAUCCUCCCCCUCACCGCAGCCGACCGCGACGCCUUCGUAGCAUACCGAGACAACCCCGAUGUUGCGCGCCACCAAGGCUGGCAUGUCCCCUACACGUCCGAGGAUGCCGACCGCCUCCUCGCCAACCAACCCACCUCCUUCCCUCCACCUCCUGGUUCCUGGCUCCAACUAGCCAUCCACGGCUCUUCAGGCCUCCUAGGCGAUGUAGCCGUCCACACCCUUGCAGACCAGCCCGACUCGUACGAGGUUGGAAUCACCAUCGCGCCCGCCGUGCAUCGAACCGGAGUUGCCGUCCGCCAGACUUGCAAGGCCAUCGAGCGUAAGACGUUCGCUUCCUGGUCACACGAGUUCUUCCGCAAGCGACAGUUCAUGAUCUCUACAUUCAGUCUGCAGACCCUCCUCGACAUUUCGCAGCACGCCGAGCUGGGUCCCAUGCUCAAGCACCUGUGUAUCGCUACCGACAAACCCGUUGAACUGUUCCGGGGCUCGGCGGCUGCCUCGCUGGCAGCCAAGCGAGCUCGUCAGGACCAGAACUACCUCUUCAACACGGGCGUGUGGAUCGAGAUGCUCACCGAGGCGUUCAAGACGUUACCUAACCUCGAGACCCUGGACAUUCGCGACUUCAACAGCUCGUCGCGUUUCCGCGACGGUCCAGACGCCAAGUGGUACUCGUACGGCUCGACCACAUUAUUCAAAGAGUCUGGUAUCCGCCCUGCUCUCGGUGGACAGGCGUUUGACCUCGAUCGGCUGUUCCAGGGCGUCGUCGUGGCCGCUGGCCGCGCUGGGCUCACAGCCCCCAAUCUGGAGGUCAUCACUCGCAAUAUGUCUCUCUCAGAUGCAUUUUACGUCUCGCCCGCCAUCAAACCUGCCGUCACCAAGUACCUAGGCCAGCUCAAGAAACUCCACCUCGUGUUGCUCAACUCGGUACCCGAGCCGCUCGAAGACUUCCUUCAUCUUGCCAAGAACGUCAAGUGGCUCCGCGUCAACUACCACAUGCACGGUAGUCCCAAUUCCUUCCUCGAAUGGCUCGGCACGCCAUGCAACAACGACACGAUGGACGACUGGGCCAAGGCCGUUGCGACUGCUACUCAGGAGGACAAGGAACUACCCAUCCCGCCGCUCAACCUCUCGCUUGACACGCUCGAGCUCGGCGGCUGCUCUAUCUCCAUCUCGUCCCUGAUGGACAUUGUCACCAAGCUCCCCCUCCGAUCGCUCAGCAUGCGCCGAAUCCACCUCUGGCGCGAUCCUGGGGUGGACGCAACCCAGCUCUGGGCCCACUUCCUCGAGGGCCUUGAGGGAGGCCUCAUCCGUCGCCUCCUCCUUUCAGACGUGACAGAGAGCCAGGCUGUGGGGACGUGGGGGCUGCCUGUCACCUUCAAGGGUGGUAGAAAACCCAACGAGCUCUGGCUCCCUGCGCGCCGGUACCGCCACGAGAUGUUCAAAAGUGCGGCGGCGGAUACCGUCGUCGAGCCGCCUCCCAGCGACGACAGUGACCAGGCGGACUCUGACAUCGAUGAGGAUGACGACGAGGAAGACGACGGGAACGGGGGGAACGGGGAGGAUGGCGAGGAGAACGGGGGGGACGGGGAGGAUGGCGAGGAGAACGGGGGGAACGGAGAGGAUGAGGAGGACACCGGCGUUGCUGCGAACGGCGACGUCAAUGGCGAUGGGGACGUCGGGGCCGGGGCUAUCAGCUCGGACGGAGACGUAGUCAUGGGCGGAAACGACGUCUAA